CGGUGGCAACGCAAACACACGAUCGGCGGCAUCGCACAACUCGGAACUCGACUCGAAUCGAAAAACUAAAAACCUGAAAAAGGCACGCGGUGCGCGGCUGUCUCUUCCUCCUUUCAUCUAAUCCAUUCGAUAGUGAUCCGCGACUUUAUCGUAAAUUAAGUGAUCGCCCGUAAAAAUAGUGUUUAUAAAAGUGCGUGACUUGGGAGUGUUCCAAACUAAACUUCAACCAAAAUAAACCCAUCUUGACACGCAGUUUUACCACUGGAUUAUAUCGAGAACGCCGAGUUACGGCGCGGAGCAUUUUUCCAAAUAUCUGACAUGACCACAUCGCACAUCUUGUCCGCCGUGGAUCCAACAACCGGACUCAGUGGCAAUGUGGCGGGGGGAGGUGGUGGCGGUGGCGGUGGCACUGGGGGCAGUGGCUCGCCGCAGCAUGUGACCCACAAUGGACAUGGGCAUGGUCAUGCUGGGGGCGUGGUGGUGGGGACAGCAGGCGGUGCCGGGGUAUCCGGCAAUGGUGGUCACCGGGUCGUCGGCGGAGCAGGAAGUCCCAACGAACUGGACCGAAACCUGCGCAUCUCCUUGGACGACCGGGAACUUUGGCUGCGAUUCCAGAAUCUCACCAACGAGAUGAUCGUCACCAAGAACGGCAGGCGCAUGUUCCCCGUGGUGAAGAUCAGUGCAUCGGGUCUGGAUCCCGCCGCUAUGUACACCGUCCUCCUGGAGUUCGUUCAAAUCGACUCACAUCGCUGGAAGUACGUCAACGGAGAAUGGGUUCCUGGUGGCAAGGCGGAGGUUCCUCCAUCAAACCCCAUCUACGUACACCCCGAGUCUCCCAACUUCGGUGCCCACUGGAUGAAGGAGCCCAUCUCGUUUGCCAAAGUAAAGCUCACCAACAAGACCAACGGCAAUGGACAGAUAAUGCUGAACUCCCUGCACAAAUAUGAGCCACGGGUGCACUUGGUACGAGUGGGUUCCGAGCAGCGUCACGUGGUGACCUAUCCCUUCCCGGAGACCCAGUUCAUUGCGGUGACGGCCUACCAGAACGAGGAGGUCACCUCGCUGAAGAUCAAGUACAACCCCUUUGCGAAGGCCUUCCUCGACGCCAAAGAGCGACCGGAUACACUGUAUCCACACGACACCCACUACGGCUGGCUGAUCCCUCCGCCCACCCACUACACGGCUGCAGCCGCCGCCGUGGCCGCUCCUCCGCUGUCCAUUGCCCAGAGUCACGGACUGGUGGCCUCGUGCCCCAGUGUUUCCUCGGCCGGGUCUGUGGGUGGCUCCUCGGGCGCCACUUGCGAUCGCUACGGCAGAUCCCUAUCCGUGCGCAGUGCGGCACCCACUCGCACCACGCCGUACAGCCGUCCUAGGGUGGUUUCCGGAUCCGGAUCUAAUGGAAGCGUCGGCAAUGCCUCAUCCACGUCGCCCCAGCCGCCGUCGGCCCCGCAGACGCCCACCAGUCUGCACUCCUCGUCCACUGGCUCCGUGAGCACCAGUGUGAGCAGCUCCAGCGCCGGCGGAAUCGGAUCUGCCGCUAGUGCCGGAUGCUUCAGCAGUUCCUACGCCCAGUCCGGUUUCAUGCCGGUCGAGGCGAGUCCCACGGCCUCCGUCUUCUCGUAUCCCAGCAGUUGGCAGAGCAACGGCAACUACUGGAACGCCACCAGCGUACCCGGACCCAUGCCCAUGAACGUGUGCAGUGGCCGCAAUAUCUCCUCCCACAACUCGCCGUCGCCGACGAACGGAUCCCCGAGCUACACGACCUCCUCGCCCAGCUACACCAUCCACCACCUGACGCCGCACAGUCACCAGUACAACAUGGCCCAGACGGACAUCUACGGAUCCGGAGUGGGAGUUGGGCCCGGGGCCGGGGCCUCGGGAUCCCCGCAAGCGGCGUACGGAGCAGCUGCCCACCAGGUGUACCAUCCCACGCCCACCUCGCCCACCCACCAGCUGUACACGAAUGCGGUGCUGAAUGCACCAUCGGCCCUGAGCUAUCCGGCCAGUGGGUGGCACAACGGAUCCGGAGCCGAGUACGGACUGUACCAGAACGCCGCGGCCGCCUACUACCAGCCGGAGUACAUUCCCCUGGAGAUCGGCUACGCCACCCAUCCGCUGGAGCCCGUGGAGGUAUCGAAGACGCUGGACGAUCCGCAGGCCGCCAUGUACAAGCCGAGCGACGAGCAGGGCUCGGUCAUCACGCUGGAGUGCGCCAGUGCCGCCCUGAAGAGCUCCCACGACAUCAAGAUAGAGUCCUCGGCGCUGGACCACUCCGUGGAGCGGGGCCCCGUUUCCGGACCAGUGCCCACCGCCGUGGUCAGCGGAGCCCCGGCCGUCGGCGCCGACACCUGGACACCCCUCACUCCGCCCCAGAGCACGCUGCAGUGAUCGGAUCCCACGAAUACACACCCCAGCCUUUAGACGCAUGACCCCAUGGAUGUUCGAUCGAAUUAGAUGUAAACGCCCUAUGUUAGUAACGCUGUUAGUAAAGCACACCCAAACGCAAUCGCUCCUAUUGUAGAAUUAUCUAUAUGCUGUAAAACACUCUCCUAUAAAGUCGUAAUCAAAGUACACAA